GUAAAAGCCAUCCAGGUACGAGGAUGAAAAUCGAGAUGAAACGCAGAAACCUGUUCCUAUAAAAAGAAAACUGCGAAUAUAUGCAUAUCUCAAAACCUGUUGAAAUAAUAAUAAAUAAACUAGCGAAAUAAAGGUAUUUAUGGGAGUUUUUCGGGAAUACUUGCAGUUCAAGUAGCCAAUCAUAACCUAGCUCACAUCAAUGCAAAUCGGAGCACAAUGAAGCGACCAAUGAGCACGGCUCACACAAACUUGAAACGGGCUUCUGUUGUUUGACAGACAGUAGUCCAAUCGCAUUCCGGCCCGGUCAGUCUGUGACAGCUAGGUACCAAUGUGAUAGGUAGAGAGGAGUGCCAAGACAAGGUUAGGAUGUGCGUGCAGGGUGUCUGAGCUAAACUUCACCAAAUAAUAGCUGUUUGUAUUUUGGCUGCUGCAGUAGCCAUUUUAGAUGUUCCCCUGGAAAUUAACUGGGCUGGAUAGAAGGAUUUGCAGACUAUGGUGGAAACAUGAUGAUCGAAUGAGGCAAAAAGAGAGUUGUCCACAUAUGUACACAGGUCCCUUAUGACUGUAUCUGUUUGAAGAGGAGUGUCACUUGCAACAUAUGAGAAGUAAACCCACCCAAUUUUAGACACAUGAUAAUGAAGAUACAGAAGAAAGAAAAACAGAUUUCAAUGCACAGGAGUUACAGUCUGACAACAGAACCUCCUGAUGAGAGAGUGCAGUCACUGUAUAACACUAAAAAGGAUCAGCAAAGUUUGCCUCAUCGAACAGGUGUUUCAGAUGUUUCUGGUCAGUUUGUGACUUUAAAAGAUCAUGCCCCAAGGGAGCCAAAUGCUGUGAUUCCAAAAGGUUGGGUGACUAUUAAUGGUAUAGACAACAGUGCCAGUGGGGGAACAACUGUCAAGAAAAAAUGCAAGAAAAGGGAUGUUGGGGCUUUUAAUAAUUUUGAAAAGGGAACAAGGGAAAAGGAAAUAAAACCAAAGAGAAAAAGAGAAGAAGCAAAAGAGGCUCUACAGGAGAGGGAGCCUAAAAAGUUGAAAUCACUUAAGGGACCCAAGAAACCCAGAAAACCCAGGGAAGCAAAGCUGACAAAGGAGAAGACCAGUGUGGAUUCAGUGACAAAAAUCAAGGGCAAAAAGACCAGUAAAGAUCAGUGUUCCACACCCACUGAGAAGAAGAAGAAAGGAAAACGGAAAAGUGAAAUUCCAGUAGACGUCUUUGAAAUGGAGCAGUCUCCACCAGGAUCUCCCUCUCAAGAUGCUGAUGAAUCUCUUGAAUCUGCAGAUGGACAGAAACGUCGCUCUGGUCGGCAGGUGAAACGAAGGAGGUAUAAUGAAGACCUGGAUUUUAAAGUAGUAGAUGAUGAUGGAGAGACAAUAGCUGUUCUAGGACCUGGGAGAGCUUCUGCACUUUCAGCAUCAACAUUAGCUUGGCAAGCAGAGGAACCUCCAGAAGAUGAUGCUAACAUUAUUGAGAAGAUCCUAACAUCACGGAUAUUGGAGAAAGAAUGUCCUGAUGAGCCGUCAACACAAGUGGAACAAGUUGAAGAAUUCUUUGUAAAGUACAGGAACUUCUCUUAUCUACACUGUAAAUGGGCAACUAUGGAAGAGCUUGAGAAGGACCCAAGAAUUCACCAGAAAAUCAAACGUUUUCGGACCAAACAAAUGCAAAUGAAAAACAUCUUUACUGAGCCUGAUGAAGAUCUAUUUAAUCCAGAUUAUGUGGAGGUGGACCGGAUACUUGAUAUUGCACAAACUACAGAUCCUGACACCGGAGAGGAAGUAAUUCAUUACCUUGUAAAAUGGUGUUCAUUGCCUUAUGAAGAAAGCACAUGGGAGCUGGAGGAGGACGUUGACCCUGUGAAAAUAAAGGAGUAUAAGGAAAUUCAGAUCAUACCCAACAUAAAAAGGAUGGAACGACCAGCAUCAGACUUGUGGCAGAAACUGGUGAGAACAAGAGAUUAUAAGAACAACAACCAGCUCCGAGACUACCAACUGGAGGGAAUGAAUUGGCUGCUCUUUAAUUGGUACAACAGAAAAAAUUGUGUGUUGGCUGAUGAAAUGGGUUUGGGAAAGACUAUUCAAUCCAUCACAUUUCUCUAUGAGAUUUUCAUGAUGGGGAUUCGUGGACCAUUUCUCAUCAUAGCUCCACUGUCUACAAUAACAAAUUGGGAGAGAGAGUUCCGAACCUGGACAGAGAUGAAUGUGAUCGUGUAUCAUGGUAGCCUUAUCAGCAGGCAGAUGAUCCAUCAAUAUGAAAUGGUGCAUAGGGAUGAACAGGGUAGUCCUGUUCUUGGACUGUACAAGUUCCAUGUGAUCAUAACAACAUUUGAGAUGAUUCUGGCUGACUGUCCAGAGCUGAGAAAAAUCCACUGGAGCUGUGUAGUUAUUGAUGAAGCACACAGACUGAAGAACAGAAACUGCAAACUCUUGGAAGGAUUGAAACUGAUGACUCUGGAGCAUAAGGUGCUACUCACAGGAACUCCUUUGCAGAAUUCAGUAGAGGAGCUCUUUAGUUUAUUAAACUUUCUGGAGCCCAACCAGUUUCCUUCAGAGACUGCUUUCUUAGAAGAAUUUGGGGACCUUAAGACAGAUGAGCAGGUGAAAAAGUUACAAGCCAUUCUCAAACCCAUGAUGCUGCGGCGAUUAAAAGAUGAUGUAGAGAAAAACCUGGCCCCAAAGGAGGAAACCAUCAUUGAGGUAGAACUCACAAAUAUCCAGAAGAAGUAUUAUCGAGCAAUCCUGGAGAAGAAUUUCACCUUCCUUGCCAAAGGAGCCAAUCAGCACAACAUGCCCAAUCUCAUCAACACAAUGAUGGAGCUGCGCAAAUGUUGCAACCACCCCUACCUUAUCAAUGGUGCAGAGGAGAAAAUUUUGGAAGAUUUCCGUAAGACUUACGAUCCAGAAUCUAAUGAUUUUCAGCUUCAGGCAAUGAUCCAAGCUGCAGGUAAACUGGUGCUGAUCGAUAAGCUGCUUCCAAAACUGAUCGCAGGUGGACACAAGGUGCUGAUUUUCUCACAGAUGGUGCGCUGCUUAGACAUCCUGGAGGAUUAUCUUAUCCAAAGACGCUACACAUAUGAGCGAAUUGAUGGAAGGGUGAGAGGCAAUCUCCGACAGGCUGCCAUCGAUCGUUUCUGUAAGCCGGACUCUGAUAGGUUUGUCUUUCUGUUGUGUACACGAGCAGGAGGCUUGGGCAUUAAUCUUACAGCUGCAGAUACAUGUAUCAUCUUCGACUCUGACUGGAAUCCCCAGAAUGAUUUGCAGGCUCAAGCUCGUUGUCAUCGAAUUGGUCAGAGCAAGGCAGUUAAGGUGUAUCGUCUGAUAACGAGGAACUCGUACGAAAGAGAAAUGUUUGAUAAAGCCAGUCUGAAACUGGGUUUGGACAGAGCUGUGUUACAGGACAUCAACAGAAAGGGGAACACAAAUGGGGUGCAGCAGCUUUCUAAGUUGGAGGUGGAGGAUCUGCUUCGUAAGGGGGCUUAUGGGGCUCUUAUGGAUGAAGAAGAUGAGGGUUCCAAAUUCUGUGAAGAAGAUAUUGAUCAGAUCUUACAGCGGAGGACCCAGACCAUUACUAUCCAGUGUGAGGGCAAAGGAUCUACAUUUGCCAAGGCCAGCUUUGUAGCUUCUGGAAACAGAACUGAUAUAUCUUUAGAUGACCCAAACUUCUGGCAGAAGUGGGCAAAAAUUGCAGAACUGGAUAUGGAUUCUAAAGCAGAAAAAGACAGCUUAGUGAUUGACAGGCCAAGGGUGAGGAAGCAGACUAAACACUACAACUCAUUUGAGGAAGAUGAGCUUAUGGAAUUCUCAGAGCUAGACAGUGAUUCAGAUGAGAGGCCUUCUCGCACCCGUCGUAUGAAUGAGAGAGCACGUCGAUAUCUUCGGGCUGAGUGCUUCAGGGUGGAAAAGAAUUUGCUUAUCUUUGGAUGGGGACGUUGGAAGGAUAUUCUAACUCAUGGUCGCUUCAAGUGGCACUUGAAUGAAAAGGACAUGGAAGUGAUUUGCCGUGCUCUUUUGGUUUACUGCUUGAAGCACUACAAGGGAGAUGAGAAAAUCAAAAGUUUUAUAUGGGACUUGAUCACCCCAACCAAAGAUGGACAGAACCAGGCACUUCAGAAUCAUUCAGGUUUGUCUGCACCAGUUCCCAGAGGGAGAAAGGGAAAGAAAUUGAAAAAUCCCAUGCUCAUGCCAGACCUCAAGAAUGCAGAUUGGCUAGUCAGCUGCAACCCUGAAAUUGUUUUGCAGGAUGACAGCUACAAGAAGCAUCUCAAACAACAUUGUAACAAGGUCCUUUUGAGAGUUCGGAUGCUGUAUUAUCUUCGAGUUGAAGUACUGGGAGAUGUGGCGGAUAAGGCCUUAGAAGGAUGUCUUGCAAGUGACCUGGAUUUCUUACUUCCUGAUAUUGAUUACUUGGAGAUUCCUGCUGAGUGGUGGGAUGCAAAUGCUGACAAGUCCCUGCUGAUAGGAGUAUUUAAACAUGGUUAUGAGAGAUAUAGUGCCAUAAGGGCUGACCCAGCCUUGGGGUUUCUUGAAAAAGUAGGGAUGCCUGAUAUAAAACAUCUUUCAACUGAGCAAGAAGUGUCCGAAAGGAGUAGUGCAGGAAGGGAAGAUGGUGCUGAGUAUAGCAAUGAAGCAUGCUUGGAAGAAAAUACUGAGGAGGAGACCAACAUGGAAACAUUGUCUAGACAAGAUGAAAACAUAGCAGCCCAGGAUAGCCCCAGUCUAGACAGACUCUGCUGGCCUGUAUCAUCUGCUCUUACAGCACGUCUGCGCCGUCUGAUAACUGCCUACCAACGUUUUAACCGCAAGGAGCUCAUACGAGCAGAGUUUUCUGUGCCUGGCAACAUUGGCUACUGGUAUUCUCAGGAGGAAAUGUUCAGAAGAGUGGCAGAUAUGGAUCCCUUUAUUAAGGAGAUGCAGAAAAGGUGGACUCGAAGAGAACAGGCUGAUUUCUAUCGCACAGUUUCCUCUUUUGGAGUGGUAUACGAUGCAGAGGCAAAGCUUUUUGACUGGAGCCGCUUUCGAACUUUAUCUCGCCUGGAGAAAAAGACUGAUGAGAGCCUGGAGAAAUAUUUCUAUAGUUUUGUUGCUAUGUGCAGGAAUGUUUGUCGACUGCCUCCAAGGAAAGAUGAUGGCCCACCUGAUCCUUCUAUCUAUGUUGAGCCAAUCACAGAAGAGCGUGCAGCAAGAACUCUGUAUCGUAUUGAGCUCCUUAGGAAAAUUCGGGAACAGGUUCUUCGACAUCCCCAGCUGAUUGAACGCCUUAAACUUUGUCGCCCAAGCCUUUAUUUGCCAGUGUGGUGGGAGUGUGGCAAACACGACCGCGAUCUUCUGAUAGGUGCUGCCCGGCAUGGGCUGAGUCGUACAGAUUACUACAUCAUGAAUGAUGCAAGCUUGUCAUUCUUGGAUGCUUACCGAAAUUAUAGUCAGAAAGAGAGCACCAGGAGACAAGACACACUGUCCCCAUGUUGCCUGUAUCAGGCUGGACUUGGUCACUGUGACUCACCAGGACCUUAUCACAUGCAGGUUCAAAGUGAAAGGACACCUAGGACUAGCAUGCCACUCAGGAACAGUGUUCCACUAAGCAAGUUAUCAGAGGUAAAUGUGCCAGAAACUGUAAAAGAUGAGUCCAGUAUUAAUGAGUGCAAUUUACAAGAUGCAGAUUGUGAAACUUUAAGUACAGAAAGUAAGGGAGUGUUGUCUAGCAGCCCAGAAGAUGAUGAGGAAGAAGAAGAAAAGCUGGAUACAGAAUGCCUUUGUAUAAUCCAUGAUAAAACAAUAUCAAGUGGUGCUGGAUCUGAUGUCAAUAAUGCUAGUAUUGAUGAAGACAGUUUAUCAGCAAUUGAUAAUCAAAGCUGUACAAACAUCAAUGUAGAUAAUGCUGAAAGCUCAGUGACUGAAUUUGAGCCUGUAAAUAAAAUGCAGUUCAGUUGUUCGCCCUCUGAUACUCCAGAAGUACCCCAUGACCUAGAUAGUAGGCAGACAGCAUGUGGACGGUCCGACCAAGUUAGUGAAAAAAGUGACCCACCUAUUUCAGUUAAAAUAGAUAUUGGUGACAGCAGUGAAGGUUCACAUGAGGGAAUCUUUGACAGUUUAUCCCAUGGUGAACCCCCAUGUCUUAAUAUGGAUAUAACUUUAGCACAGCUAGAAGAUGAAGAUAGUUCAAACAUGAAAUCUACUACUGUGGGAGAUGUACAAAUUGCAUACAAUACUGCUGCUGCUUUACUUGAUGAAAUGAAUGAUCCUCUUCAGGAUGAAGCACUUGAAACAUCUGAUUUAUUUGAAGAUGACCAUGGAUUAAGAAGUGAGGAGACACCAAUUGACUGCAGUUUUAAAAAAGAAACCAUAAUGGAAGUGCCUGAUGAAAUGACAUGCUCAAGCUUUACAAGGCCAGGAUGUAAAAAUGUGCUUAGUGAAAGUAGCAUAGCAGAGGGUAAAGAUUGCACAUUGACUGAUCUGGAAGGUGAAAUGGACUACAGUCACAGUUUUAAAACUGAUGAUGCAAGUGAUCUGUUCCGUGAACACAUUUCUGAUUCUUUGGGCAUGGAGCUGCUUAGUGAUUUAGAAAAAGAAACUGAAGGGCUUCAUGCUGGUAGCUCAGAAGAGAAAUUUUCUUUUGAGUCAUGUUUAUUGGAUAAAGACAACAUCAAACAAGAAAUGGCUGAAGUUGAUUUACUAAAGGAUAAGAAUGAAGUUAAAGAUGGCAGCUACCUGUGUGAAGUUUUGUCCAGGAAGCCCCCUGAAGAAGACAGCAAGAGCUCCACAGUUGCACCUUGUGUUGCUCGGCCAGAAGACUUUCUACAGGAUCCCAGAGCACCAACCAUUGCUCAGCUUCUACAGGAGAAAACACUCUACUCAUUUUCAGAGUGGCCUAAGGAUCGAGUGAUAAUUAAUCGGAUUGAUAAUAUUUGCCAUGCCAUCCUAAAGGGGAAGUGGCCGUCAUCUAGUCAGCAGUUUGAUGCUCAGUAUAUGAACCCAUCACCUAACAUAUCCAACAAUAUAGGCUUCAGGAACAGUUACCCAAGCAACUCUAUGCAUAGUACACAUCAUCUUGGCUUUAAUCAUAUUGCUCCAGUUACUCAUAUACAAAAGGAGAGUUUCUUGAAUGCAUCCUUCCCCAGAGACCUCAGAAGGUCAGCAAGAUGUUAUCAAUAUGAAGCUGAAAGGAAUGCUAAACAAAGAAGCUUGGAAGAAAUUACGGCUUCACAUGGAAGGCCCCCUGUUGUCCUAAAUGGUUGGCAGGACACUGCCAUAGACUUGUCUAGAGCAUCUGAACUCUCCCCUUCACCUCCAUCUUUCCACAGUACUAACAUACCAAAGAUGGGCUCUGUUAGUUCCCUGCACAGUUCUCUUGGAAUGGACUUGUCAGGAAUUUUGCAAGCAGGGCUGAUCCACCCAGUAACUGGGCAGAUUGUUAAUGGGAACUUUAGACGCGAGGAUGCAGCAGUUCGAAGAAGAAAAGGGAGGAGAAGAAAUGUGGAAGGGUUAGAUCCAUUGUUCUUAAAAGACCAUAAUCCAUCAAGCCAGAUUCAGAAUGGUUUGGAUGAACAAAAGCACUCUCAGAAUAGUAUCCGUCCAGACAGACACAGUUCAAUUACUCCAACAAAGCCAACAGAAGCUACAUCCAAGGUUCAGCCUGAAAAGGAUGUGGCAAACAGGAGCCUACUUGAAUGGCUAAGACAGCAUCCAGAUUAUACUAUGGAUGUUCCUGGCUUCAGUUCUAAUAUGUCUGGAAUUUUGCAAAGCUUUUCUGAGAAGCCCAAACAGAGGAGGCAACGUUGCAAAGAUCCCAGUAAGUUGGACAUAAAUACUCUAACUGGGGAAGAGAGAGUGCCUGUGGUCCAUAAAGGAACAGGACGGAGGUUAGGUGGAGCUAUGGCACCUGCCAUCAGGGAACUGCCACGAUGGUUGGAUGCUAAUCCAGAAUAUGCAGUUGCUCCAGACUGGGCUGACAUAGUUAAACUUUCGGGAUUUCUACCAGAAAACAAGUUUAACCGUAUUCUCACCGAGCCUGUUCUGAAAGACCCUGGCCAGAGAAGGAGAGGGAGACGUCCAAGAAGUGAAAUGAUCAAAGCAGCUGGUGUCCUGGCUAAUGCUGCUUCUCCUGUGGGACCACUGUUUAUGAAUGGGUUGAUCUCUGGAAUGGACCUCGUAGGACUCCAAAAUAUGAGAAAUAUGCAGAGUAUACCACUGACAGGCUUGGUGGGUUUUCCAGCAGGAUUUGCAGCAGUUUCUACCAGUGAGGAAGCCAAAAACAGCCUUAAUAUGUUGCCUAUGAUGCUUCCUGGGCAGAUGUUUGGUGUAGGCGGCUUUCUGAACCCAUCAUUGACUACAGCAUGCACAUCUACUUCACCAACAUUGGCAAGCACAACUAAAAGUAGUACUUCAAACACAGAAAAAAAUGUAGAGAACAAACAGGGUGUGGUGGAUGCAAAGAAAGCAAACUCAUCUGAAGACAAAGUUUGUCCAGUGUCAAGCUCAUUUUCGGACUGUUGUGAACCUACAGUAACAAAUAGUAAUCCUGUAGCUUUUAAUCCAUUUCUCAUCCCAGGCAUGUCACCAGGCUUGAUCUACCCAUCCAUGUUCCUUUCACCAGGGCUAAAUGUGGCACUGUCAGGCUUGCAGCAUGGUAGACAUUCUGAUGCUGCUAAUGCUGAUGGCCUGAAAAGGAAGAAAAAGAAGAUGACUGUAAAGGAAGAAGAACCAGUGGAGGAUUCAGAAGCUGCUACAAAUUCAGGGGACGCAGACAAAGAAAAGGCAGGAUGCAGAGACAAUGACAAUGUUGCUGCUCAAACAAGUGGGACAACAAAAGUGGAACAGUGUAUACAAGAGAAUGACAAAAACUUAUAAGAAAAGUGUUCAUAUUUGUAUUUUCUGUUCAUUAGUUGAUCAUGUCUGUUGUAGAUUCAUAACAUUUAAUGCCUCAUUCACCCUUAUAGAAACCACCCCAUUUCUCUCUUCGGAGACAUCACACAAACAGGUUGUGUAAAAUAUUGAAUGUGAUGCCAUGUUUGCUAGAUGGAAUACAGCCUAAACAAAGAAGAGGGUUGCACUGGCUUUUUUGUUUUGAUGUUCAUUUAUAGCUCUGGUCAACAUAGGUAGUAACUAAAUAAUGAAAAGUAAACUCUGCCAAGGGGGAAACAAAAGCGUUGACAUUGCUUUUUGAAUUUGCAUAUUAUUGCUGUUUGCUUUCCUAGAAUGUCCUCUUGUGAGUAGAGCUUUUCAGAAAGAAAUCCAUUCCCACACAAGUUCACUGAAUACUCAUUCACCCCUUUAAUGGAUAGUUUUGAUUGUUAGUGCAAUAGAACAUCUGUUGUUCCUUACACUGCAGUAAAAAUGAUUUUUAUUAUUUUUUUUAUUGUGCCAUUUGGUUUGGGGUGGGGGAAUAAUGAAAACUUGAGGCAUGUGUAAGCUUCUGCCCUGUUCAAACUGUAUAUGACACCCAGCAUUCAGGUGUGUAAAUAGAACCAGAAAGUGAACUGCACUGAGCACAGGCUGUACCAAGGCAUGCAUGGGCACAAGAACAGUAAAACAUGUGGAUGGAAGAUAGCUGUUUUACAGCAGUUACUAGUAUUGUAGUAUAGAAAAAAUAUAUAGUUAAUGUUUAUAAAAUAUAUAUUCUUUUUUACUGAUAUAGCGGGUAGCUGUAUGAUGUUUUGUUACAUGUUAUAGCUUUUGACACCAUUCUGUGCAGAAAUCAUCAAAUGUUAAUGCACCUAAAUUUUAAAGGACAAAAAUGACGGUUUGAUUUAAUAGUGUUUUAGAAUGUUACAUUCCCAGCACUUACAUUGGACAAACAAACUUCAAAAGAAGGAUCUGUAUUCCAAAACAGUCAUUUACAACUAAGUAUUUGUAAGUUCACAUAUUGUUUCAGUGGCUGCUUUAUUAUGAUAGUUCCACUUGGACAUCUGAUUUACCUGACCAGAACAUUUCAACUCUGCACCUUCUUUUAACCAGGGCUGGUAUCUGGCAGCAUUUUCUUCUGUCAUUAAUUCCAUGUUUUUUUAAUUCUUCCUCUUUUCCAAAAGUCUCAGCAGAGCACUUCACUAAAAAUUGCAGUAGGUGCAUGUAAAGACAAAUCAGUAGGCAGUUCACGUACAUUUAGGUCAUUAUUUGUGGAUGUACUGCUGGUCCAGAACUUUCCAUCCCUCGUAUCCAUUUUGGUGAGUCCCUAGCUAAUUGCAGUUCUGUGUUAAAAACUUAAUUCAUUUUGUGUGCACCCACUAUAUGCAUUGCAAGGGAGAUGGAAGUUAUUCCGGCACUGACUGGGCACUAAACUAAUCCUGGAUGGGAUCCCCAUUUACACACCUCCUGGCAGUUUUGAGGAGGACUGAUUUGCUUAAGGCAUGUCUUUGGUGUGUAGAAAGAAAGUGAAGCACCAGUAAAACCUAUGCAGACUGCACAGAGGGUGUCUCUUCUAAAGAGCUGUGAGGCUGUAAUAUUAACUUGUGUAAUGUUCAUUAAUAUAAUGAGAAAGUAACGGGCAGCCCUUGAAGUGCAGUUGUAGUCACUGGCUGGGACUGACUGUUUUGUAAUUUUAUGUUACAGUUUGUUGCUAAUUUAUCAGAUGCUUCAAAUGUCUAAGAGUCAUAUAUUUCAGUUUCCUUUAUUUAUUUAUGAUGCUUUAUCAGCAUCUUAUGUACUUUGGGGGUUAUAAAUGUAUAUGUUGACAAAUGUUUCAAAGAAAUCUGUUUGCUUUUUUUUCUGGUUUUGAAUGUAAUGGUGCACAUUUUAAGAACAUUGACUUGGAAAGGUUCUAGAAAUGACAGUUGUAUUAAAACCUGAAGGAAUUUUUAAACAGCAAAA